AUGCCUGAGCCCGUCGAGGAAACCGUUCCCAUCCCGGAGCCUCAGGGCCUCCCCUUGCUAGGCCAUGUCCGGUCCAUUAACCCCGACUUCCCACUUGGGUCCAUGCCCAACCCACCUCGCCUUUUCCAUUAUCACCCUGCUGACCACGCGCAUCGCAAAGGCGAAAUCUACCGACUCAACUUUGCCGGCUCAACAACAGUCGUCGUCUCCACCCACGAGCUCGUCAACGAAACAUGCGACGAGAAGCGGUUCCAAAAGACAAUUAGCAAAACCCUCCAACAAGUCCGCAACGGCGUCCACGACGGCCUCUUCACCGCCCACAACAACUCGGAAGAAUGGGCCAUCGCGCACCGCAUCCUCAUGCCCGCUUUCGGUCCCCUAUCCAUCCGCAACAUGUACCCGGAAAUGCACGACGUCGCCGCCCAGCUCGCCAUGAAGUGGGCUCGCCACGGACCCUCCGCCCCCAUCCACGUCACCGACGACUUCACCCGCCUGACCCUCGACACCAUUGCCCUAUGCUCCAUGGAUUUCCGCUUCAACAGCUUCUACUCGCCCCAGCUGCACCCCUUUGUCGAAGCCAUGGGCGACUUCCUCAAGGAGUGCGGCGCCCGCGCCCAGCGCCUGCCUUUACUCCCCGCCGGCCUACUCCACCGCGCCCGCGACCAAAAGUACGAGCGCGACAUCGAGGUCCUCCGCUCCACCGCCCAGUCCGUGCUCGACGCCCGCCGCGCCGAGCGCAGCAGCAACGACCGCAAGGACUUGCUCAGCGCCAUGCUCCGCGGCGUGGACCCCAAGACGGGCCGUCGCAUGAGCGACGACUCCAUCAUGGACAACCUCAUCACCUUCCUCAUCGCCGGCCACGAGACCACCUCGGGCACGUUAUCCUUUGCCUUUUACCAACUCCUCCGCCACCCGGACGCCUACGCCAAGGCCCAGCAAGAGGUCGGCUCCGUCGUCGGCACGGGCCCCAUCCACGUCGACCACCUGUCCAGGCUGCCCUUCCUCAACGCCGUGCUGCGCGAGACCCUGCGCGUCAACGCCCCCAUCCCCAUGUUCGCCGUCGAGGCCAAGGAGGACACCCUCCUGCUGGGCAAGUACCCGGUCAAGAAGGGCGAGCCCAUCGUCAACCUGCUUGCCCGCGCCCACGUGGACCCGGCCGUCUUUGGCGAGGACGCCGACGAGUUCAAGCCCGAGCGCAUGCUCGACGCCAACUUUGACCGCCUCAACAACGAGUUCCCCAACUGCUGGAAACCCUUUGGCAACGGCGCCCGCGGCUGCAUCGGACGCCCCUUUGCCUGGCAGGAGGCUCUCCUCGUCAUGGCCAUGCUUUUGCAAAACUUCAACUUUGUGCUCGACCCCAAGUACACCCUCGGCAUCAAGCAGACCCUCACCAUCAAGCCCGCCGACAUGCACUUCCGCGCCAUCCUGCGCGACGGCCUCACCCCACCACCCUCGAGCACAGGCUGUCCGGCCAAGGCGUCAAACGGCCAACACGCCAACGGAGGCGAGCCCGCUGCCGCCACCACCACCGGCAUCCCCAUGACGAUCCUCUACGGCUCCAACAGCGGAACAUGCGAGGCCCUCGCGCAGCGCGUCGCCGCCGACGCCUCGACGCACGGCUUCCGCGUCGAUAAGCUCGACUGCCUCGACAGCGCCAACGGCAAACUCCCCGCAACCAACCCGUCGUCAUCGUCACCUCCUCCUACGAGGGCCAGCCCCCGACAACGCCGGCCACUUUCAGCGUCGCCGCCGCCCCUCGAAGGCGUCACGUACGCCGUUUUCGGCUGCGGCCACCGCGACUGGACCCAAACGUUCCACCGCGUGCCCAAGCUCGUCGAUUGCACCCUCGCCGACCGCGGCGCGGACCGCCUCGUCGAUAUUGGUUUGUCCGACGUCUCCGCCGCCGCCACCUUUUCCGACUUUGAGACCUGGGAGGACGACAAGCUGUGGCCGGCCCUCAAGGAACGCUUCAAGCCCGAGGCGGAUGGUCGGCCUGGGUCCUCGGCAGGUUCCGCGACGACGGCGCUUAAAGUGCAGGUGCUCAACCCGCGGACGUCGGCGCUGCGGCAGGAUGUCAAGGAGGCUGUUGUAGUAGAGGCCAGGACACUAACCAGCGGGUCUCAGGAGAAGAGGCACAUCGAGAUCAAGCUGCCCGAAGGUAUGACGUACUCGGCGGGCGACUAUCUCGCCGUGCUUCCCAGCAAUCCCGAACAAACGGUGAGGAGGGUCAUGCGGAGGUUCAAGUUGCAGUGGGACGCCCAAAUCUUGAUCGAGUCAGAGAUCCACACCUCGCUGCCCGUGAACACGGCCCAAAAGAACGUCCUCGUCCUAGCCGAUGCUGCCGUGGACGACAAGACAAAGGCGGAACUAACCCGCCUCGCCAACGAUGGCUUCGACAAGGAAGUCACUGGCAAACGCUGCUCUGUUCUCGAUCUCCUCGAGCGGUUCCCUACCGUUGAAUUGGACGUUGGCACAUUCUUGUCCAUGAUGCCCCCGAUCCGCGUCCGACAAUACUCCAUCUCCUCCUCCCCGCUCUGGAAACCCGACCACGUCACAAUCACCUACUCCGUCGUGCACGCCCUCCCUCUCCGGCCAAGGCUCCUUCUUUGGCGUCGCCUCCUCCUACCUCGCCUCCCUCUCCGCCGGCGACCACCUCGCCGUAUCCGUACGCCCCUCCGCCGCACCCUUCAGCCUCCCCGCAGAUCCGGAGCAGACGCCCAUCGUAUGCGUUUGCGCCGGCACGGGCCUCGCCCCCUUUCGCGCCUUUGCCCAAGAGCGAGCCGCCAUGAUCCGCAGCGGGCGCCGACUCGCCCCCGCCAUGCUCUUCUUCGGCUGCCGAUCCCCGAGACCGACGAUCUGUACCGCGAAGAAUUCGACGAGUGGGAGCGCCUCGGCGCCGUCGAGGUGCGCAGGGCCUACAGCCAAGCCGGGGCCGGGGCCGAGGCGGGCCACGUCCAGGACCGCCUGUGGGCCGACAGGUACGACGUCAUCCCGCUGUGGGUCGAGGGCGCCAAGGUGUACAUGUGCGGCGCGCGCAAGGUGUCGGACGCCGUGCGCGACGUCUGGGUCAAGGUGCGCGAGGAGUACCUGCGCAAGGAGGGCAAGACGGAGGGAGAGGACGAGGCGAGGACCUGGUUCGAGGGGCUGAGGAAUGUUCGAUAUGUGAUGGACGUGUUUGAUUGA